AUGAAGAUCUCGAAUUGGAAAAGCUCCAAAACCCUAGGGGUUAAGGGUUUUUGUGAAGGUGCAGAUGUCGUACUGGCAGGGUUCGGAAAUCCACCUCUCUACUGGUCUAAAGAUGAUUCUCGGCCACCAGAGACGCUGCACUUAGGCUCUCACUGUGCGCGAUCACGAGCUAAGGUCACUCAAGAAAUGGUGACUCAGUAUGCAAGUCCAAGUGUUAUACUGAAGAUUUGUCUUUAUCGUGUGACAAGAGGGAAUCUUAAUGGAAUAUCCAUUCUCAGAGAAAUUGUGUUUGUGGUUAGCAAUUCAGACGUCCCACAAGUGAUGCAGAGGAAUAUUAGGCUUGCUUGA